UUGGUUUGCAAUAAACAAUCAACUGGUAAUCACUAUGGAGUAAGUUAUUUUGUGUGAUCAGGGCAAGUUACUUUGUGUGAUAUUUAGGUUCGAACAUGCACUGGAUGUAAAUUGUUUUUUAUGCGAUCAAUGAGAGAAAAAGUGACAUAUCUUGAUUGUCCUUUCAAUAAAAAAUGUUAUUCCGUGGAUUCAUCAAAGUAUAAAUGUCGAGAAUGUCGACUCAAUAAGUGUAUUGAAGUUGGAAUGAGAAUCGAUUAUAAAUCAAUAACUGGUUGGGAAAUUUGGAAAGAAUUAGAGGUAAGAAGUUUCAGACGAACAUUCAGAACAAGAAGAUGAUGAAUCAAAUACACUGAACAUAUCUAUCGAGUUAAUCUAUUAUUUUACAUGUUACAUAAAUAUAAUUCGCGAAAUACAUUAUCAUAUUUCAGAAUCCUACCGCAAAACCAAUUUCGUUGAUUCGUGUUCUAACUAAUAUCGAUUCCGAAAUAACUAAAUUGCGCUUCUCGACGUACAACCCUAUAUUCUAUACAACACUAGAAGAUACAAUUAAAAGACCAUCACUUUUAUAUUUAGCUUCUCAGUUCAAACCAAUGCCUGGAUGGCCAUUGAAAAAAUCGGACUGUAUCGAUAGUCGCAAAAAACUGACUCUUAAACGAUGUUCGAUCGAGCACCAGAAUCAUGAUGUAAAUACAUAUCACGAUUCCAUAAAUUAUGAGGAAUGUAUAAAGUAAGAAAAUAUAUUCGAGUUAUGCAAAGUAAAACUAUAUUUCAGCAAAGACUGGAGCGUGUUUGAUGCAAUAAUGUCUAUUGAAUACGCCAAAACAUUCCCGUUCUUUGAAAAAUUAGAAAAUGAGGAUAAGAUUAUUUUGAUUCGUGAAACAAACGUUAUAGUUGCCUUUUUAGUGACACAAUUUGUUUCCUAUUCAGGAAAAAAAGAUGUAAUACAAACUCCUGACGGUUUUUUCCAUGAUGAUAAAUUGACGUAAGUUGUAAUCAUAAUUACACAAUUUCUUUUUCAAAUUCAGAAAAUCAGAUCUGGAGGUUCUAUUUGCCGCAGUAAUGUGAGUUUAGCGAAUCAACCUAUUUUGAUAUACUCCAAUUUUUAGACCUGAUGGAAUGCCAUAUGUAUCCAUGAAUUUCUUUUCAUUGGAACCUUAUUUUCGGAACAACUUCACAUAUGAUGAAUAUUUGUUGAUGAAAGCAAUAGCAUUUUGCUAUCCAGGUUUGUGGGAAAAAACCAAGUUAUUUACAAAUUGCGUAUUUACAGUUGAUCAAUUAUCACCAUACGGUAAACAAAUAAUUCAACAAGAACGUCAGAAAUAUGGAAAUAUACUUCUAAGUUAUUGCUUGACCACUACCAGCAAUCCUUCCAGAUUUUUAACCAUUCUUGAACAUGUCAGCCUGCUCAUUCGUGCACAAAGGGCUUUCAAAAACUUCAGAGUUUAUAUGAGAAUUAAAGCAGCAAGUAAAGCAUCAACAUCGAGAAUAUUGUUUGAAGAUCAAAUAUUUUCAUGA